UGUCAAUUUUUUCCUGACUUCAGCAGGCACAGCAAAAAAAAUUCAAUUCCCUUGAUAUCGGAUUUCUAUUUGCUGAAAUUUUAAAUUAAAAAAUAUAUUAUGUGGUCCGAUACUCUGCUGAUUGUUUUUAUUUCAAUAUGCACAGCAUUCUUGGGAGAAGGUCUCACAUGGGUGCUCGUUUAUCGAACAGAAAAAUAUAUCAAAUUGAAGGGCGAAGUUGAAAAGCAGAGUAAAAAACUUGAACGACGAAAAGAAAUUCACGGAGAUUCUCUUGACAAAUCGCACAAGAAGAAAAUCGAGCGCGAUGAAGAAAAACUGAAAAAUAAUAACAGAGAUUUAUCUUUGGUCAAAAUGAAAUCAAUGUUCGCUACUGGAUUUGCAUUUACAGCAUUAUUAAGCAUGUUCAAUAGCAUAUUUGAUGGUCGUGUUGUUGCUCGUUUGCCAUUUAUUCCAAUAUCAUGGAUUCAGGGACUUAGCCAUAGAAACUUAUCAGGAGAUGACUACACAGAGUGCUCCUUCAUUUUUCUCUACAUCCUAUGCACAAUGUCAAUUAGACAAAACACUCAAAAGCUCUUGGGAUUCGCACCAUCUCGAGCAGCUAGCAAACAAGGAGGCAGUCUCUUUGGCCCAGCUCCAGGUCAAUUUAAAUAGACAUGCUGCAUUUACCAACUAGGAGAUCAACUUUUAGUGUAAAAAUAUAAAUUUUUCAUUAGUUUAUUUAAUCAAAAAAUACAAAUUUUGUGUCUGUUGUAAAUGUUUGUAAUAAAAUUCUUGAAUUUAUUAUUUUGUCUGCAUUAGACAAAUUUGAAAUUACAAGAACUAUUACUUUAAAAAACGUUUUUUUGUUAAAGCAUCAAGUUUUCAGGGUUGAUUUA